AUGGCGCCUAAGAAGCUCACUGACUGCCCUGAAAAUUUAAGGGAGGCUAUCGACUGGUUGAUACAGGUGAAAAAUGGAGGUAAUGGUAGCGGCCUUGAUAAGCUGGGCAAUGCUUUGAAAAUAUUGAUUGGUGAGGCUAUUCAGAAGGCUAAGGAUAGUAAUAAACAUACGGCAGAUAAGCUUAGGUGCGCAAAAAAUGAUACUUACGACCGCCCUUAUUGUAAAGAACUUGACGAAAGAAUUGCUAAGGCUAAUGUGGAAUUGAAGAUUUCUAAAAGUGUUCAAAAUUUUGAUAAAACUAGCAGAGAUUCAUUAUCUGCCGACAUAAAGCGAUUCGAAUCCCAAAAAGCGGAUUGUGUUAAAUCCCAUUACAUGGAUGACCAAGGUAUGAACGACAUUCAGAAUAAAAUUAGCCAGGCUGAUGAGGUAAUUAGCAAGCUUGGAAAUGUAUCUAAGGAACUUACAAAUGAAGAUAAUACUAAUAUUCUUUGGAGGCUUUGUGAUGGCAUCGAGGCAUUCUUAGGGUAUGCUGCCGGCAAUUACACGGGCAAUGGCAUCGUGUAUGGCGAUUGUGACCGUCUCCGUGACGCUGUUUUAAUGUUCUUGAAUGGCGUAUUAGUGACUGUGAAGGAUGAUGAAAAUUUUAGGACAUACGUUCUCAAUGGUGGUGACAUAAGUAAGCUUGUCGAAAAUAAAAGUGGUAAUGGACGAACGGAGUUCAAUUUGGUCAUUAGUAGUGUUAGGUCCAUGCUAUCCCUGUGGGAUGAAAUGUUGACUGCGAGGACCAAUAAGAUUCUGUACGAUAUAGAAAGCUUUAAAGAUGGCAUAGAGCAUUGUUAUCAUAAUAUUGAUAAACAACAAGGUAAGGGAUGUAUGGCGAUGCACGCUUCAUUCAUGAGGUCUGUUGAAAUGCUUAAUCGUACUAUAUCCGAAAUUAGAUGCAAAAAUGAUGGAUAUGCUGGAGUUGAUAAAAAUCUUCGGAGUAAAUUAGACGUUCCAUUUGGAUAUAUCGAUGAGGGUGUUAAUAUGUUGAUAAAUUCUGCGAACAAUGAUGGGCUUAUAAAAGCCGUAGAAAUGAUUCAAAACAUGUUUAACACAUUGCCAGACGAACUUGAAAAUUUUAUAAGGGAGAGAGUCAUCAGUACAAUUAGCGAUCACAGUGACCAUGUUGAAGAAUUAAAGAAAUAUAUUAACAUGCAGAUUGAUAAUUAUCGGAAUAGAUUUGUGCAGGAACGCCUUUCCGUAGUAACCAGGGAUUUGGAGAUGGCUGUUGUCACAUUUAGUAAAAAUGCGUAUAAUCAGGGCGGUUUAAAAAAUGUGGAAGUCGGUAACGCUAUAAAUGUUAUUCAACAAAUGUUAGAGAAUGUAGACAAUAAUGUAAAAGAUGAAGUUACUUUGAAUGCUCAGAAUGCUGACACACAAAUCGCGUUGAUAAAAAAGGCGCUUAAUACAAAAUCGCAGCUCGGUUUUACCGAUGCGUUAAACGGUUUGAGUGAAGCGGUCGGUGAUCCCGGUGAAAUAUUUAAUGAGAAGCAUAAAAACGAUUUGAAGGCGAUCGUUAUCAAAGCUCAGACGGAUUUGAAGCAGGCUGCGUCUCGCGCCGAAGAAAAUGCCAAGAACUUAGGCGGCUUAAGGAAUGUAAAGGUCGCGGAAGCUAUUCAAGUUAUUCAGCAAAACUUGGGCAGGGCAGAUCGUGUUACCAAUAUGGAGCUGUUGAUUAAUUUGAAAAAGGAUAUCAUGGAUCACCAAGUUCGGCAUAUUAUGGAUGCUCUCAAUCCGGAUAAACCAUUGCCAGGUGUUGUAAAGCGUUUACAAAGUUUAAAUAGUAUUAUUGAGGAACCGCAACAAAUAUUUGACAGAGAUCACAGAAACCGAUUGGAAGAGCUGGUUGCAGCCACCGAAAAAGAAUUCCUGGGUGCUUUAAAUCAGGCUCAGUUAUACACAACAUGUACGAAUUUCGGGUUGAAGAAGAAAGUUGACGAAAUUUUCGAGUUGGUUUUGAAGAAUGUCAAAUCUGGCAAAAUUCUGAUUUCAGAGAUAAAAUCUUCGAUCACACCGGCGCUUAAGAAGAUUGGUGAAGGCAUAACGGAGAAUUUUCAAUCGGGUAGCAAUAACAUAUCAUCCAAACUACGCACGCUAGAGACGUCAAUUGCUAACGCAAUAGAAAGCAAUUUUGAGCGCAAACUUGUGACCGAGAUAACUGAACAUGAUUUCAAUGGUUGGUUCCACAGCUACAUGUCUCACGUACUCAAAGAAGCCAACGAAGUAAUUAGCAAGGCCGACAAAGCUUAUCAGCUUGUGUCUGAGCAGUUGGGUAUGAUUAGUUCGGCGGUUAAGCAUAUUAAACAGAAAGCCGAAAGCGGAACUCUUAACAGUGUGAUUUCUGGACUAGAAAUUCAAUUUGCCCCAAUCUAUCUAUCCAUCGACACUAGUUCUUUUUACGAGGAUGACCGGAAAUCACGUCGAGCGUAUUUUGACGAUCUUAAAUCUCAUCUAAAGAACACGCUCAAUAUUCUCCAAGUCGCCUACAAUAAUGGUUACCAGAGUGCAGCCAAGACCUACCUCAGCGAAGCGAUAAGUAAGAUUAAGGCGGCUGUGGAGGAGGCGGAGCGACAGUAUGGGGAUGCGGUUGUAAGUGACAUUAGUAGUAUUAAAAGCAAGUUAAAUAAGAUAGUUGGCGAUGUGUUUACCAAAUCGGAUCAGAGAGAGGCACUGCAAACAUUAUUUGACAGGGAUUUCGAUAGUUUGGAAGACAAAGUAACGAGCAACUCCGCCUUCAAUGAUGAUUAUAUCGCCCGUAAACAAUGUUUCGAGAGCCUCAAGGCAUUAAUUAAAGAUGCCGUAGAAAACCUAUCCAUCAUUUACAAAGAGGCCUAUCAAAGCUCGGCCAAUACAUAUCUAAGUAGGGUCAUUAAGGCUAUUGAAGAUAAGGUUAAGGAGGCUGAAGGUACCUAUGCGUUGGCGGUGCAUAUAGAACUUGAGAAGGUUAAGGAAAAGUUCAAAGAGAUUACUGAAGAAAAUAUUAAAGAUAAAGAGUCGAAAUAUGAGGAAAAUCAAGACAGGAAAAAAAAACACACUUUAGGAACAUUGUUUGAUAAGCCUUUUCAAGAUUUGCAAACUGCCGUCUUAAAACAUUCCGCGUUCAAAAAAGAUGCAGAUUGUCGUAAAAUGUGUUUUGAACAUCUUAGGGCGUUGAUUAAUAACACAGUAAAAACUUUGAUUAAGGCUGCGAAGACGCAUGAUACUUGUGCAUUAAAGGCAGAAGAGUAUCUUGGAAAGGCAUUUGAAGAUGCUAAAGGCAAGAUCAAUACGCUUGGUGACAGCGUCAAACAUAAAGUAAAAGAAGCGUGUGAUAGAGUUAUUGCUGAAGUUUGUGCAAUGCAGGCUGCGCAUCACAAAGCUGACUUGGCGGCUUUGAAAUCUCUUGUGCAGAAACAACGUGAUAACAUUUUCAAUAUCGUUAAUGAGGACUUGAAGACCGGGAUUAAAGGUUUUUUACAAAUCCUGAAAAGAUGGUUUGACAUAAAAAGCGAUCAGCUAACUACGGUACAAGACCUAAAUCGUCUUUCCGGAGAGUUCAAAGACCUUUACGAUAAUCUGUACUCUUACGUUAAGUUCCAACAUGACGGCUUAGAAGUGGAAGUCGAUAGUGAGGAAGAUGCUUCUCAACCACAAACUCAGGUCCCUCCUCUCCAAGCGGUGCCAACUCCGAUGGCCUCUGGUGGUUACAAAGCGCGGCCAGCUAUGGCAGCGGUGACGUCUCAGACUCAUGGCAAAAGCCAAGGUAAACCAGAACUCCAGAAUUCCGGUCGUGCAGGAUAUUUGCGUCCUGUUAAACGUGCAGAUAAGUCGGUUUCCAAGGAUACCAUUGCUACAUACCUUGUUGGGCUCGAGUAUCAUUCUCGAAAACUUUAUAAUGCACUCACAGUCGGCAACUUCACUCACCAGUCCGCAAACAUAUGUCACGAUUUUGCGAAGUUCCUCGAGUCAAUGCGUCCUUUGAUGUUCGGAAGGCAGGACAAUCCCCUGCUUGACAUAAUCAAAUCCGGACUUAAGUCUUUCCUCGCUGAACUUGGGAAGGCAUACAUUUCGACAUACUGCGGCGCGGCGCAUAUGUAUGAUUGGAAUCUCAAUGGCAGGAACUGCGCCAAAGUGUUUAUGACUUUGCUGGAGAUACUGAAAACAGAUUUCGAUGAACUUCAUGAGAAAUGUGGUGAGAACGGCGUGUGGAAUAAUAAAACUAUUUGUGUUCUUGCGGGCAGUAAUAGCUACAAUGAUCUUGGUUUAUGCCUUAAGCGUUUCGGUUACGGAGUACCCAGCAAGGAUGGGAAGCAGGACAACGAACUUCAGUGCAAGAGUAAUAUGAAUGGUAAUGAAAUCUUCACGAAACUAGUACAACAAACCGUUACAGUAAAAGACGAUUACACUUUAAUGACCACAAUCGAAAACCUGUCCAAAUGUCUUGCCACCUACUACCGUGUUCGUCACUACUCCACAUUACAAUCCAAGACGUAUCCAUUAUCCGUAUACCAAAUGCUUAAUUGGCUUAGCGGCUUUCCAAACAAUCCGGCAUAUGACGAAUUGACGCUCAACGGCUUUAGUGCACUGUUCGAUAAGCCUGAUGAGGAAGCUGCCGAUGACACCAAUGAAGGUGUUAUCGCUGUUGCAGGUGAUGCAGCAGAAAAUAGUAUGCACGACCUUCCAUUCAAAUUCGCAGAUGAUGACGUUUUGGAGGCAUACCCAGAGAACAUCACACCGACGACAUUAAGAGAUACCCUUGCAGCUGUUUGCGCUAACUCACACAACGUUCUUACUUCCAUCCUCGGUCACGGCCAUAGCAACGGUAUAUACGCCUGUGAGUUCAACACAAAUUCAUUGAGCUUAUGGUACCCUGCUGAUACGAACAGUUUAGUUUGUAUGUUAUUUGACAUCCUCAAACGUAUCCACCACCAACUUUACAUACUGUAUCACCAGUGCUCAUAUGAGACUGAUCUGGGUGGCUGGCGUGACUGUUGGUAUGGCAGGGACGUCGGCGGUUCAGACUGGAGGUGCAAUAGGCUUCAGUGUGCUGGCCAAAUGGGUGACCAAAAGCACAACCAAACAUGUGACCAAAAGUGUAACCAAAGUGCUGGGUGCGGCCUCAAGUCACCUUUGCAAUCUUACCUCGAAGAUGGCUUGCAAGGGUACCUACCGCAUCAAAUCAAAUACGAAAAGGGCAAAGUCGACUGCGCACUGAAGGACCACUCUGGUGGUCCCUGUAAGUCGCCUAUUGGUUUCCCCGACAUCAGCGUUACGGCAUCGCACCGAUAUAUUGGUAAGCACAUUCACGUUGCGCUUGCUAGUUUGUUCGGCGAGAAAUCGUCUCCACUCAGCCAACUUUGCGCCCAGCUAAACUGUCUCCUGCCAAGCGCGCCGAAAACGCUGGAUGACAUGUUUGGUUUCUACUUAAAUUUCAUCGGCGGGUGGAGUAGGAAACAGAAAACUGCAUUUGAGCAGACUGUGAGAGAUGCAAACUUCAAACGUACCAAUGCAACGUUAGACAUCUGUCCAGUAUUCGAAAGCAUUGAGCACAAGCCUGCCAAGCCCCCAGGUCAGAAAAAUAGCCACAUCACUGGAGAUCUGUAUUCACUUGUGAAAUGCAGGUAUAAUGAAAGCAGCACUGUGGCUCAUCCGUGUGGCCCGUAUCUGAGACCCUCGUGCUAUUAUGCGAGCGGCAUCUUUGCUGAUAAGCACAAUGACAAAUAUCUCUCUUGGAUUGUGUACUUGACGGAGACAUUCCACCGGUUGUUGAAGCAGCUAUACGAGGAGUGUAACGGUAAUUGCGGCGGUGAGAGACCUAAAUGCCGUAUUAGUAAGUGCGUUGAAAAAUGCGCAGCCACAACGUCGCCCCUGUCUCCUGAAUCUACUCACAAAGCAUCAUGCAAAUCAAUUGUUCAUUGCAAAUAUACGCGUCCUACGUUCUACAAAUUCGGUUUCAUAUUCAGGGAUUGCAAAAUCCUUUCCGACCAGUCAAGUAGACGCACUUGCCAAGACUUUUGUACGGCAUUGAAUCAUGUCAUCAAUGAUAAAGAGACGGUGGGAGCAGCGCUUGCAAAAUUAAUUUAUGUCACAAUUCCAGAAUAUCUUCUCGAAAUCAGAAAACCGUUCAUGCUAUUAACCCUCACUCUCUGGCUCCUCUCCUUGUUGUACCUCCUCCACAUCAUGGUCAUCCGCCUCGACCUGCUCCACAUCAAAUCGCAUUUGAGAUCACCGUCAUCACAUCGCAUCGCCGCGCAAUCACUGCUGGCCGCCGCACGUGUCGGCAAACUUGCCCAGAUCACCUACCUGCAACCUUGA